UAGUGAUUUGAAAUGGCUUUUUUUUUUCAUGUGUCCUGCAGCUCGGAGUCCAGUGUUGUCCCACCUGUCGUCGUCUCUUCAGGGCCUGUGGACCAUCCGAGCCUUUGGAGCAGAGGAGAGGUUCCAGAAAGCCUUCGAUGCCCAGCAGGACCUGCACUCAGAGGCCUGGUUCCUGUUGCUGACCACCUCUCGCUGGUUCGCUGUCUGUCUCCACGGCAUCUGCUCCAUCUUUGUUACCGUCACCACCUUUGGCCGCCUGCUGCUCAGAGACCGUGCAGCUGAAGUCCGCGGAGGAGGAGCUGCCCGGGCAGUUGGAGACGGUUCUGGCCGAGUCGGGCUCCAACUUCAGCGUGGGCCAGAGGCAGCCACGGCCAACGUGGACCCCAGGUACUGCUGACACAACUCACCUCAUUGGCAAAAAAUGCAUGCAGUAGUACUGUGUACUCCGUUUUUAUUCCUCCUAUUAGUUUGUCUUCAAAGCUUCCUGCUGUAGCUGCUGGUCCUGCUGUAGCAAACGUGCAGUGAAAGCAAGUAUGUUGGUGCUUUUAGAUGUAGCUCUGAUCUGCAUGUUAGAA